CGCAUUCGGCGUGGGGACAGCGGGAGUGAUCUUCCACCUAUUAUUUUACGGUUAUGUUUUAUGUUUACGUUAAAAAAAGUCUCGCAUACGCUGAUAACCCGCAGAAGCCGUUCGCCGCAGCCAUAAGGGGUGGGAAUAAUCGCCCAGAACAUUGGUGAAUGUUCACUGCCACUCGAUGAGCGCCAGAGAGGCCAGAGAGAGAGCCAAUCAAAAUACAUAACCUAAUAAGCUAAUAUUUUUGAUAAAAAUAUUGAACCCCAAGUACAAAAAUAAAUACUUGUGCCUGACGAUGUCCGACUCGGAGGAGAGUAAUUACUCGGGGAGUGAGAGGGGCGGUCGCAGCGGUAGCGGUUCGGUGAGAUCAGCAGCUGGAAGUGGGAGAUCGGUGUCCCGGAGUCGUUCGCGCUCGCGAAGUCGCUCCAGGAGUCGCUCGAUGAGGUCCCGCUCGGGGUCGGGGUCGGAGCGAGGAAGAGGCGACGAGGCCGUGGAGGCCCGAUCGGACGAGGAGGUGGAGCCCGAGGAGGAGCCCGAGGGCGAGGACCUGGACAGCGAGGAGGACGAGGAGGAGGAGGAGGACCGACCCAAGAAGAAAAAGAAGAAGGACAGAUUCUGUGGCUUCAUCGAUGACGAGGCUGAGGUCGACGACGACGUGGAGGACGACGACGAGUGGGAGGAUGGGGCACAGGAGAUGGGAAUCGUUGGGAACGAGGUGGACGAGGUGGGGCCAACGGCCAGGGAGAUUGAGGGUCGCAGACGUGGGACCAAUCUCUGGGAUUCACACAGGGAGGACGAGAUCGAGGAGUACUUGAAGAAGAAGUAUGCGGGCGAGUGUGGUGCGACUAGACACUUUGGGGAUGGGGGGGAGGACAUGGGGGACGAGAUCACCCAGCAGACACUGUUGCCAGGGGUUAAAGAUCCCAAUUUGUGGAUGGUCAAGUGCAGAAUUGGGGAGGAGAAAGCCACUGUUCUCCUGCUGAUGCGUAAAUUCUUGACUUAUCAAUUUGCCAAGGAUCCACUGCAAAUUAAAUCGGUGGUGGCACCUGAGGGGGUCAAGGGUUACAUUUACGUUGAGGCGUACAAACAGCCGCACGUUAAAGCGGCUAUUCAGAACGUCGGUAAUCUCAGGAUGGGCAUUUGGAAGCAGCAGAUGGUGCCGAUCAAGGAGAUGACUGAUGUGCUGAGGGUUGUCAAGGAGCAGACUGGCUUGAGGGUUAAACAGUGGGUGAGACUCAAGCGGGGACUGUACAAGGAUGACAUUGCUCAGGUGGACAAUAUCGACGACUUGAAGCACAAUCAGGUGACCCUAAAGCUUCUGCCGAGGAUUGAUUACACGAAGCCGAGGGGGGCGCUGAGAACAGCCCAGUCCGAGAGCGAUGCUCUGAAGAGGAAGAAGGGGAGACGACCAGCUGCCAAACUCUUCGAUCCUGGGGCGAUCAGAGCCAUUGGGGGGGACAUAACGAGCGACGGAGACUUCCUGAUGUUCGAGGGCAACCCCUACAGCCCCAAGGGCUUCUUGUACAAGAAGUUUCUCAUCAAUGCCAUUGUCACUGAGGGGGUCAAGCCCACUCUGUCGGAGCUCGAGAAGUUCGAGGAGGCACCGGAGGGCGUGGACCUCGAGCUCGACAGGUCUGACGGCUCCAGGAAGAAGGACAUGGCGUCCACCCACUCCUUCAGCACUGGCGACAAUGUCGAGGUCUGCGAGGGCGAGCUCAUGAAUCUCCAGGGUAAAAUCGUGUCCAUCGACGGCAACAUGAUCAUGGUGCUGCCCAAGCACGAGGAGCUCAACGAUCCCCUGGAGUUUCAGUCCAACGAGCUGAGGAAGUACUUCAAAAUGGGCGAUCACGUGAGAGUCAUUGCUGGAAGGUACGAGGGUGACACUGGCCUCAUUCUCAGAGUUGAACAGAACCUUGUGGUGCUGUUCUCCGAUCUGUCGAAUCACGAGUUGGAGGUACUACCCAGGGACCUGCAGCUGAGCCCAGAUGUGGCGACUGGGGUCGACAGACUUGGGCAGUUUCAGUGGGGCGAUCUUGUCGACGUUGACAAGCAAACUGUCGGCAUGAUUGUUCGUCUCGAGCGUGAGAACUUUCACGUACUCCAGAAUGACGGUAAAGUUGUGCAGAAGAGGCCACAGGAGUUGACCAAGAGGCGUGAGAAUCGCAACACAUUUGCCCUCGAUCAUCAGCAGAAUGAAAUACGCAAGAGGGACAUCGUUAAGAUCAUCGAUGGGCCACACACCGGUAGAGAUGGUGAGAUCAAGCACCUCUACCGGAGUUUUGCAUUUGUCUAUUCACGACUGUACGUCGACAACGGGGGUAUCUACGUCUGCAAGACGAGGUAUCUGCAGUUGGCUGGUGGAGCGAAGAGCAAUUCGUCAUCGGGGAGUGGACUGGGUUUCAUGUCUCCACGUAUCAGUUCACCGAUGCACCCGAGCGGCGGAGGGGGAAGGGGUGGCGGUGGACGAGGUCGUGGCCGAGGGGGUGGAGGCCCUGGUGUUCGUCGUGAGCGUGACCUGAUAGGCACGACGAUCAAGAUCACUGGGGGCCCUUACAAGGGUAACGUCGGCAUCGUGAAGGACGCCACUGACAGCACAGUCAGGGUGGAGCUGCACUCUACCUGCCAGACGAUAUCUGUCGACAGAUCGCACAUUGCCAAGGUGGGAGUGCCAACCAAGGACGGCAGCUUCAGCUCGUACACGAGGACCCCGGCGUACUCCAGUGGCGGACAGACACCGAUGUACGGCUCCAAGACCCCCAUGCACGGCUCGCAGACUCCGAUGUACGAGAAUGGCUCGAGGACACCGCAUUAUGGCUCUAUGACGCCUUCACACGACGGCUCGAGGACCCCCGGACAGUCUGGGGCGUGGGAUCCAACGGUCACCAACACACCAGCCAGAAGCAACGACUUUGACGCCUACAGUCUGGAAGACGGUGGCUCCCCAGGCUACGGCUACCCCUCCACUGGGGAGCCCUUCACCCCUCAGACCCCCGGGACCAUGUACGGGUCGGAGCAGAGCUACAGUCCUUAUCAGCCGAGUCCAAGUCCCAAUGCCAGUGCUGGGACUAGCCCCAGCCCCGCUGGCUAUGUCGCUCCAUCUCCAUCUGGUACUGGCUACACUACCAGUCCAAGGAUCUUCCCGUCCCCAUCGCCCAUCAACUACAGCCCCAUGACUCCUGGAGCUGCUGGAAGUCCUUAUAAUCCGCAGACACCGGGGGCUGGACUGGACACUGGAAUCGGCGGGGGACUCAUGGGGAAUACUGAGUGGCACACUGUCGACAUCGAAGUCAGGAUCAGGGACUCACAUCAGGAUCCUGCACUCGCUGGACAACAGGGGGUCAUACGAGGAAUAUCUGGUGGAAUGUGCUCUGUAUUCCUGCCAGCUGAAGAUCGCGUCGUGAAUCUGCUUUGCGAGCAAUUGGAGCCAGUUGUGCCCACUCAUGGUGAUCGGGUGAAGGUUGUACUUGGUGAACAGCGCGAGGCUGUUGGCACUCUCCUGUCUAUUGACACACAGGAGGGUGUCGUUAAGCUCGCCAGUGGGGGACUGGCCAUGUUGCAACUGAGAUACUUGUGCAAAAUGAAAACACCGGCUUAGAGCUCCUUUAAAAAUCGGUUUCUACUCAUUCCUCAUUUUCCAAUCCUUCGUUACUCACCUGGGGUAUACGGCACUCCCCAAGAGUUCUUGAAUAUUAUCAUUAUUAUUAUUAUUAUAUAUUAUUAUAUAAUUUUCGUUGAUUCAUCUAUCACGUGAUUAUAUAUAGGUAUUUUUUUUUUUCAAACUUUCAACUAUUCAAUUCAUGUCUUUUUAACAAUGUUGAUUUUUUAUUCAACAAAAUGUCAUCGAACAACUUUUUCAAAAAUCAGAUGUGAGUAACGAAGGGAUCAAUAGAGGUGUGUGGGGCAAAAUGGAGCCAUUUGAUUUUUCUUCGAAAUGUUGAUGAUUAAUUCAAUUUCCAAUGAAUUGAUAAAUAUUCAAUUGAUAAAUUUGUCUUCAAGUAUCAAGUAAGAGAAAUGUCAAGUAUCCAUUUUGCCCCAUUCUCCCCUGUAACUAGAACUCGAGUACGGUUCUAGAAAUUAAGGUGAAUGCCUCAGAAUCUGAACGUACAAAUAGAACAAUUUUUUAUGGGCAAUAGAACACUCCCCAUUGAACUCCUAAAAUAUGGGAUCAUAUAAUAUACUUCAGGACUCGGGGAUAUUUUCAAUGUUCAGAAAGGUUCGGCCACUGUGGUAUUCCCUUUAACAAAUUAUUUAGGACAAAAAUAUAUAUAACAACGUUAUCCCAAGUUUCAGUUUUUUAGAGUUUCUUAGAGAAGAAAUCCUGACAUUUGUCAUUCAACAAAUUUUUCUAAAAUCAGAUGACUAACGAAGGGAUCAAUGAAAGGGAUCAAGCGUGUGGGCCAAAAUGGACCCAUUGGACUUUUCUUUGAAAUGUUGAUGACUAAUUCAAUGGACAAUGAAUUGAUGAUUCUUCAAUUGAUGAAUUUGUCUCCAGAAAAUUGACAAAAUUGUCUUCAAGUAAAAAAAUGUCGAGUAUGCAUUUUGCUCUACGUUUCUAGAAAUUAAGGUGAGUGUCCCAGUACCUGAACGUCCAAACGGAACAUCAUAAUUUUUAUAGACAAUAGAACACUCCCUUAGAACAUAUCAACUUGCUUCCCCAAUGAACUCCGACAAUAUGGCAUAAAAUAACAAAUUUCCGACCUCGAGAAAUAUUUAGAAUGUCCAAAAAAGUUCGGCUACGGGGACAUUCCCCUUACCAAUUACUUAGUACUAAAACCUGUAUAAGACGUCAUCCCAUGUGUCAAAUACUUUUGGAGUUUCUUAUCCGAAUAAAACCUACGUUUCGAAUAAA